AUGCAGGCGCAAGCACUCACACUUCGGCGACUGCUAACUGUGCAUCUUGACCCCUUUUCUGUCCCGCGCCGUUCAUUUUUUGCUGUAAUCCGACACUUCUGCCCGUCGACCCACCGAGAGCACGAAAAGCUGACCGAGUUUCUCCAACCCGGCGAGGGCACGGAUGAUAUGUAUGAGUAUGCACAGCGGGUGCGACGGACGAUGGCCGAGGUCUUGGCGGAAUUCAAAAGUGUGCAAAUCCCCAUCAAAUACGUUAUGGAAGUAUUCCCUAUGAUGCGAGAGCGGCAAUACAGCUUAGCGAGUAACCCAUCUGUAAGUACACUGCACCGUUUCGCACUACUAACCCGCCCUCUUUCCGCAUUUUACCAGUGGUAUCCGACCACAUUGCAACUUGCAGUAGCGGUUGUCAAGUACAAGACACGGCUGCAAAAGCCUCGAGAGGGAAUCGCUACCUCCUGGCUUGCUCGCUUGAUCCCCGGCACGUGUAUUCCCGUGCGCUUGCAGACCGGCACACUCCUUCCUCCAGCGCACAGCACAACGCCUGUUCUAGCAAUUGGGCCAGGUACAGGCAUUGCGCCCCUCCGCUCGCUGGUGUACGAGCGCCUAGCUACAUACCUGGCCGAGAAUAACGUCGAGAGCCAUAUAACGACAAACACUCCGACAGCUAGCAACCCAGGGGCUGAUGAGUGUCCCGGCACGAACAAUCAGGCUCGAACCACCAGCAACCACCCACCCACGUUGGCUGAGACGCUUGUCAUCUUUGGGUGUCGCUACCAAGCAAAAGAUUGCUUGUACGGCGCCGAAUGGAAACAGUGGGCUACGACUUCGCAUGCAAACCUGACAUACGUGGUGGCGGCUAGCCGUGAUCAGCCAGAAAAAGUUUAUGUACAACAUCGUAUCCGCGAAAAUGGCGCUCGUAUAUGGGACAUACUUGGACCACGCCGUGGGAUUGCAUACUUAUGCGGCACUUCGGGCAAGAUGCCCGAGCAAGUAAAACAAUCAAUCGUCGAUGUGUUCGUGGAACAUGGCCACAUGAACGUCGACCAAGCGGCUCGAUACCUGUCGACACUGGAGACAGAGCGCCGCUGGCAAGAGGAAUGCUGGUGA